UCCUAUAAAAAAAAAGUCACCCAAAAGAAGGAAAAACAGCAUCACUUUCUAUAUAUUUUAUUUGUGAUUUCAGUUAAUGUUCCUCACGUCCCACAUUCUUUGAGAAACUUCCCUUUUCCUUCAAUCUAACUCCACCUUCUCCUCUCCCUUUCUUGAAUCUGAUUUUUUUCAAUAGAAAAAUAUCUUCUUUUUGGGUUUUCUUCAGAAAUAAAAAUAGUUUCUUUUUGUUUUUUUUAAUAUUCCAGGAAACGUUGCUGUCAUUGCCAGCCAUGACUGAGGUCCUUCAUUUUCCUUCACCUCAAAGCACUAACACUUCCUCUUCCUUAACCUGCACUCAUGAAAGAGAUGACUUUGUUAAUGAAACAAGCUGUGACCUUGAAGGAGAAGACGACGAAGAGGAAGAAGUGAAGGAAACGCAGAAACAGACACGGAUCAGUUGUCUUUGUUGGCUUUGCUUGUUACCCUUUUUAGGAAAUCUUUGAUUGCUUGUAAGAACAUUGAUAGAAGGGAGCUUUGUGCUAUGGAGAUCGGUUCGCCAACCAAUGUCCGACACGUUGCACAUGUUACCUUCGAUAGGUUCAAUGGCUUCUUGGGUUUGCCUGUAGAGUUUGAGCCUGAAGUUCCCAGGAGAGCUCCUAGUGCAAGUGCAACUGUCUUUGGAGUUUCCACAGAAUCGAUGCAGUUAUCCUAUGACUCCAGAGGUAACAGUGUGCCAACAAUACUCUUGCUAAUGCAAAGGCGUUUAUAUGCUCGAGGAGGCUUGCAGGCAGAAGGGAUCUUCAGAAUCAAUGCUGAAAACAGUCAGGAAGAGUAUGUCAGAGAACAAUUAAAUGGUGGAGUGGUUCCAGAAGGGGUCGACGUGCAUUGUUUGGCGGGACUAAUCAAGGCUUGGUUCAGAGAACUUCCCACUGGUGUUCUGGAUUCUUUAUCUUCAGAACAGAUAAUGCAAUGCCAGACCGAAGAACAGUGUGCUGAGCUUGCUAGACUUCUAGCCCCAACAGAAUCUGCUCUACUAGAUUGGGCCAUAAAUCUCAUGGCUGACGUUGUUCAGCAAGAACAUCUAAACAAGAUGAAUGCACGUAAUAUAGCUAUGGUUUUUGCUCCAAACAUGACUCAGAUGGCAGAUCCUUUGACAGCGUUGAUGUAUGCAGUCCAAGUGAUGAACUUCCUCAAGACGCUCAUCAUAAGGACCCUGAGAGAAAGAGAGGAUUCGGUGGUAGAUCCAACUCCCGUAUUCCAUCUGGAGCCUUUCGAUGAGAAUGGAGAUCAAAUCCCUUCACUCUCCUCCAUUCAAGAUACUGAAAAUGAUAGUGAAGAGAAAGAGCUGGCCUUUCUCGCUGAAGAGCCUUUAAACGAAAGUUUCAGGAAUUAUAGUCAAAACAACGAGAUCCCAAAUACCAAAGAUCACAGUCUGAUGCGCACCAUCGACAAGCUAAUUACUGAUGCAGAUCAUCCCAAUGAGACUGAAACUUUCAUCACUGAAACCGAUGCCGUUGUAUCCAACAACCUGAAACCUGCAACUCUGAUGAUUGUUGGAAAGACCAACAAUAUUGGCCAAUCAAGUAAUUCAUGUCUCAAGGAGCCCAACAAAAUCAUCGGUCUGCAAUCGACACUUAAGAUGACAAACACUGCUGACAAGACCAAAGGGAUAACCAACUUGAGCCGUAUAGAUUCAAUGAUAGAACGCAUUGAAGCAUGGCGUUGAAGGGUACUCAACAACGGUUGAACCCUAACUGAUACUUUGACAUGAUUUUUUUCUUGUAUCUUUUCAGUGUGAUGACUGGUUUGCUUAAACCUUGUGACCCUAACAUAUCUACUUGGACAUGGAAAUUACCACCGGAGUUCGAUGAAUUCCGGUAUCUAUUUUCUGUUUUACUUUCAUGGA